UGGCAUCGGGGGAGGCCUGUUCGUGGACCUGAACCCUGGGGCUGCUGGUCCUCCCGCGCCCGCUGGUUGCCUCAUGGUGCGGGCCGCGGCCGCCAGCCCCCGUGCGGAUCGGCGGCGCUAAGGCGCCGGGGCAGCGUGCGACAUGUCGUCGGGCCUCCGCGCCGCCGUCUUCCCCCGCUGGAAGCGCCACAUCUCGGAGGAGUUGAGGCGCCGGGACCGGCUGCAGAGGCAGGCGUUCGAAGAGAUCAUCCUGCAGUAUAACAAGUUGCUGGAAAAGUCAGAUCUUCAUUCAGUGCUGGCCCAUAAGCUACAAGCUGAAAAGCAUGACAUACCAAACAGGCAUGAGAUAAGUCCUGGACAUGAUGGUGCGUGGAAUGAUAGUCAGCUGCAAGAAAUGGCCCAGCUGAGGAUUAAACACCAAGAAGAACUGACUGAAUUACACAAGAAACGUGGGGAGUUAGCUCAGUUGGUGAUUGACCUGAAUAACCAAAUGCAGCAGAAGGACAAGGAGAUGCAGAUGAAUGAAGCCAAAAUUGCAGAAUGCUUGCAGACCAUCUCUGAUCUCGAGACCGAGUGCCUGGAACUACGCACUAAGCUUCAGGACCUUGAAAGAGUCAACCAGACCCUGAAGGAUGAAUAUGAUGCCCUGCAGAUCACUUUCACUGCCCUGGAGGAGAAACUGAGGAAAACUACUGAGGAGAACCAGGAGCUGGUCACCAGAUGGAUGGCUGAGAAAGCCCAGGAAGCUAAUCGCUUAAAUGCAGAGAAUGAGAAGGAUUCGAGGAGGCGGCAAGCCCGGUUGCAGAAGGAGCUCGCAGAAGCAGCAAAGGAACCUCUGCCAGUUGAGCAGGAUGACGACAUUGAAGUCCUUGCGGAUGAAACCUCGGAUCACGCUGAGGAGGCCUCUCCGGUGCGGGCCGUCAGCAGAGCAGCCGCUAAGCGACUCUCGCAGCCUGCUGGAGGCCUUCUGGAUUCUAUCACUAAUAUCUUUGGGAGGCGCUCUGUGUCUUCCUUUCCAGUUCCCCAGGAUAACAUGGAUACUCAUCCUGGUUCUAGUAAAGAAGUGAGGGUGCCAACGACUGCAGUGUGUGUCUUCGACGCUCAUGAUGGGGAGGUCAAUGCUGUGCAGUUCAGUCCGGGUUCCCGGCUCCUGGCCACGGGAGGCAUGGAUCGGAGGGUGAAGCUCUGGGAAGUGGUCGGAGACAAAUGUGAGUUCAAGGGUUCCCUGUCCGGCAGUAAUGCAGGAAUUACAAGCAUUGAAUUUGAUAGUGCUGGAUCUUACCUCUUAGCAGCGUCAAAUGAUUUUGCAAGCCGCAUCUGGACUGUGGAUGACUAUCGGUUACGGCAUACACUCACGGGACACAGCGGCAAGGUGCUGUCUGCCAAGUUCCUGCUAGACAACGCGCGUAUUGUUUCUGGAAGUCACGACCGGACCCUCAAGCUCUGGGAUCUACGCAGCAAAGUCUGCAUAAAGACGGUAUUUGCGGGAUCCAGCUGCAAUGAUAUUGUCUGCACAGAGCAGUGUGUGAUGAGUGGACAUUUUGACAAGAAAAUUCGUUUCUGGGACAUCCGAUCAGAGAGUAUUGUCCGAGAGAUGGAGCUCCUGGGAAAGAUUACUGCCCUGGACUUAAACCCAGAAAGAACUGAACUCCUCAGCUGCUCCCGAGAUGACCUGCUAAAAAUUAUUGACCUACGAAUAAAUGCCGUCAGACAGACAUUCAGCGCGCCGGGCUUCAAGUGCGGCUCCGACUGGACGAGGGUUGUGUUCAGCCCUGACGGCAGUUACGUGGCAGCAGGCUCGGCCGAGGGCUCUCUCUACAUCUGGAGCGUGCUCUCUGGGAAAGUGGAGAAGGUCCUUUCAAAGCAUCACAGCUCAGCGAUCAACGCCGUGGCCUGGUCGCCUGCCGGCUCCCACGUCGUCAGCGUGGACAAAGGAAGCAAAGCUGUGCUGUGGUCAGAGUACUGAGGGCACCUCGUCAGGAGAGAGCGGAUCGGAAGCUGGAGGGGCACGCGGGCCCCACGGCUCUAUCCUGGCAGGUGGCGCCUGGGCUGUGGCUUUGACCUCCAGCGAAGAGCUCGAGCCGUGGGGCACAGGAGCCUGCCUCUGAGCAGGGCUCCCGGGGGCCGUGGCUGAGGUCCCGUGGCCUGAAGGAGCAACACUGCGAAAAGCCUGACGCAGCGGUCGCUCAGCAGAGGUUCAGGUUCUUGCCUUGAUUCAAGUGGGAAACACUACUGGCUCUGACCUUGCAUACCUCAGCGGGGUGGGCGCAGGCACCUGCUGGCUUCUUCCCUGGGCGCCGGUGCCGCAGACGCGCCCUGCACCGGGUGUGGCUUCUCCCCCUGUGCUCUCUCCCGUCCUUCCAAAGUCGGUUCCGGCCUGAUGAAUGUCCUGUCACCUUGGGGUCAUUUUCCCAGGGAACUUGCUUUAAUCAUGGAUUAACAGAAACCCAAAUGGGAUUACCCCUGCCCUCAGGUAGCCCACGGGGACGGCCCUGAUUUCUGAGGAGACCGGCCCUGAUUUCUGAGGAGACCGUGGGACUGUGGUCCCCCCUGCUGGUCUGUGUCUUUAUUACGAGGCUCUUACUCUGAUCUCACCUGAUCACUGUUGGAAUUGCCUUAGGUCUCCUAAAUUGUUCUUAGAAAGCAACUGUUCUUCAAAACUCCUUCCUCCCUCCCCUCCCCCCCCCCAAUUCUACAUAUCUAUCUCUUGGUCAAGAAAUAAAUCUCAGUUUGGUUUAAAAAAAAAAAAAAAUUGGCGGUGGGUAGGAGAAGAAGUGCACAACCCUUUUUCCAGAGAAGUGGAUGAGCUGCAGGAAUAAAGACUGUAUUCCGGGAUCAUCUGUAGCUUCUCAGAAGGUGGGCCGCCCCCUUCUUCCCGGCUGUGCUGGGGUUACAGUUUCUGGUGGUGUGGGAUUGGAGGCCUCCAGUGUAUUACCCUGGAGCCAGUAGUUCCGGGUCGCUGCCCCUUUGCCAAGCCUAUGUGCAAUACCCCUCGGUGCUUUAGUGCAGGAAGCCCAUUCCAGGAAGCAUGGGAAUGCCAUCUUUCGACUUCAGGACUUGCGAGUAAGGCCAGGAAGAAACUGGCCUAUGCAUUUUUUUUUUUUUUUUUAACAUUUAUCUUUACUAUCUUACGCGUUUAUAAAAUUCUAGUUCCUUGAGUGACUGAAACACCAAUAUUUUUAUCACUUACUCAUUCGCACUUUAAUUUUCUUCCUUCCAGACUUGUUCUCUGGACAUCUGUGGGAGCGAGGAGGGCUAGAGCAGGGCGAGGACAGGCUGCGCGCUCCCUCUGAUGGUAUUAGCGGCUCCGUUGUCCCCUUUCCCCUGCCCUCGCCUCCCCUUUUCAGUUUGCUGUUCAGAGAACUCGUGCUGAGGGGAGUUGAAAUUCACAGGCCAGGGCAUGUCUUUUAUUUAUUUAAUUAUGUUGCCCAACAGAACUUGAUUGUAAAUAAAAAAGAAAUCUGUUAUGUACUUUUCACA